AUGUCGUCUAUUAUUCAUCCUGCCACUGCUUCUGAUGCUGCUGCUUCUGCUGCUCCUGCUGCUCCUGCUGCUGCUGCUGCUCCUGCAAUUGCUGCUGUUGGCUACGAUGAUAAUGAUGGAGCUAAAGAUGAAGAUUAUUUUAAUGCCGAUGACCAUAUUUUAACUCAUUGUUAAUC